GUAAUCAAAAAAAUUACUUAGCUUAAUCUACAUAGCUUAGUGUAAAUUUUUCCUAUUUGAAUUGUGUAUUGGUUUGGCUUUAUUCAAAGCCAUUCCAAUAAAAUAAAAAUUAGCAAAAAUUGAGUUCAAAAGUGAUUGUGAAGUUGUUGAUUUUAAUUUUGGACAGCCCUCGUGUGGUGGUGAAAACAACUGUGAUAAUAGUAUGAGUUCUUAUUUUGCAAAUUCGUAUAUGCCCGAUUUACGGAAUGGAGGUGUCGUAUCCGCGGAACAUCCUCAUCAACAUCAGCAUUAUGGGGCUGCAGUGCAGGUGCCUCCACAGGGUACAACGGGUGUCCAAUCCGAUCCAAACUCAUGUGGAGGCGAUCCAUCGGUUGUAUUGGGUCGGCAAGGUAUACCACCCCAUCAUUAUGGGGGUCCACCAACGGGUGGCCAACCUCCACAAGGUAUGCCAUAUCCAAGAUUUCCACCAUAUGAUCGGAUGGAUAUUAGGAACGCCGCGUAUUACCAACAACAAAUGGAUAACGGGGUAUAUCGACCGGAUAGUCCGACCAAUAUACAUAUGGGCGGGAAUGGCGCACCAAAUGGGCAUCAAACGCCGGUAGUAUAUGCUAGUUGUAAAUUACAAGCGGCUGCCGUUGGACAAAGUGGUGUAUUAGGUAGCUCGGGUAGCCCACCAUUAGAUGGAUCUCAGGCGGCAAUGGGUCAUCACGGUAUGACACAUGACCAUCAACAACAUCCGCAUAUGAAUGCACAACCGGCACACGCGCAACAGCAGCAACAUCAUCCGGGCGCGCAACAUCCGCAAGCCGCACAACAUCCACAAACUCAACAGCAUAUGAUGUAUGGGGGUGUACAGCAACAUACAACGGGGGGUCCGGGCGCGAAUAUGCAUCAAGUGAGUGCUGGACAAGGUCCACCGGGUGCACAGACACAAAGUGCUCAACAACCUCCGCCUGUAACAAAUACAGCAGCAUCAUUACCUAGUCCGUUAUAUCCAUGGAUGCGAAGUCAAUUUGUUUCAGAAAGAAAACGUGGACGUCAGACCUACACGCGUUACCAGACAUUGGAGUUGGAAAAAGAAUUUCAUUUUAAUCGGUAUUUAACACGACGAAGACGUAUCGAAAUAGCACAUGCGUUAUGUCUAACAGAGCGACAAAUUAAAAUAUGGUUUCAAAAUCGUCGUAUGAAAUGGAAAAAGGAAAAUAAAACGAAAGGUGAAGGUGGUUCGGAAGGGGGUGGUGAUGAUAUUAGUCCACAAGGCUCACCACAAUGAGAAUCUAUUUCUAUCUCUGUUUAAUUCUUAAUAAUAACCAAUAUGUACCUAAAAACAAA